AUGGCGGCGUCCGCGUCUGCCGGAGUACCGGCGACCGUGUCGGGAAAGCAAGAGUUUUACCAGCUUCUGAAGAACCUGAUCAAUCCAAGCUGUAUGGUGCGGCGGCAGGCAGAGGAAAUCUAUGAAAAUAUCCCAGGUCUGUGUAAGACUACAUUCCUCUUAGAUGCCGUCAGAAAUAGAAGAGCGGGUUAUGAGGUGAGACAAAUGGCUGCCGCCCUGCUACGACGGCUUUUGUCCUCUGGGUUUGAGGAAGUCUAUCCAAAUCUGCCUUCUGAUGUUCAGAGGGACGUCAAGAUUGAACUGAUACUGGCUGUUAAGUUAGAAACACAUGCUAGUAUGAGGAAAAAACUUUGUGACAUUUUUGCAGUGCUGGCCAGGAAUUUGAUAGAUGAGGAUGGCACUAACCACUGGCCUGAAGGUCUGAAGUUCCUUGUUGAUUCAAUCUACUCUAAAAAUGUGGUUCUAUGGGAAGUUGCACUUCACGUUUUCUGGCACUUUCCGGGGAUUUUUGGGAACCAAGAGCGGCACGAUUUGGAUAUCAUCAAACGGUUGUUGGACCAGUGUAUUCAAGAUCAAGAACAUCCAGCAAUCAGGACAUUAUCUGCUAGAGCUGCAGCUGCAUUUGUACUUGCUAAUGAGAAUAAUAGUGGUCUUUUCAAAGACUUUGCAGACUUGCUUCCUGGAAUCUUACAGGCUGUGAAUGAUUCAUGCUACCAGGAUGAUGACUCAGUGCUAGAAUCCCUUGUGGAGAUUGCAGAUACUGUACCUAAAUAUUUGGGUCCUUAUUUAGAAGAUACUCUGCAACUGAGUCUAAAGUUAUGUGGAGACUCUAGACUUAGUAACCUGCAACGCCAGCUGGCACUUGAAGUAAUAGUGACCUUGUCUGAAACUGCCACCCCAAUGUUGAAAAAACAUACAAAUAUUAUUGCACAGGCAGUUCCUCAUAUAUUAGCAAUGAUGGUUGAUCUACAAGAUGACGAGGACUGGGUAAAUGCUGAUGAAAUGGAAGAAGAUGAUUUUGACAGCAAUGCAGUUGCUGCUGAGAGUGCAUUAGACAGACUGGCUUGUGGGCUCGGUGGAAAACUUGUUUUACCAAUGACUAAGGAGCAUAUCAUGCAGAUGCUACAGAGCCCUGACUGGAAAUACCGACAUGCUGGAUUAAUGGCCUUAUCUGCUAUUGGAGAAGGAUGCCAUCAGCAAAUGGAAUCAAUUUUAGAUGAAACAGUUAACUCUGUUUUGCUUUUUCUUCAGGAUCCUCAUCCGAGGGUGAGGGCAGCAGCCUGUACUACACUUGGACAGAUGGCUACAGAUUUUGCACCUAACUUCCAAAAGAAAUUUCAUGAAACUGUGAUUGCAGCUCUGUUGCGUACUAUGGAAAAUCAAGGUAAUCAGCGUGUACAGUCACAUGCAGCUUCUGCACUUAUUAUUUUUAUUGAAGACUGCCCCAAAUCAUUGCUGAUUCUAUAUUUGGAUAGUAUGGUAAGAAAUCUACAUUCUAUCUUGGUGAUUAAACUUCAAGAGUUGAUUCGCAAUGGAACUAAGUUGGCCUUAGAACAGCUUGUGACAACCAUUGCCUCAGUUGCAGAUACAAUAGAAGAAAAAUUUGUACCAUACUAUGAUAUAUUUAUGCCCUCACUAAAGCAUACCGUUGAGCUUGCUGUUCAAAAGGAACUCAAACUUCUGAAAGGAAAGACUAUUGAAUGCAUUAGCCAUGUUGGUCUUGCUGUUGGUAAGGAAAAAUUUAUGCAAGAUGCAUCAAAUGUGAUGCAGUUAUUGUUGAAGACACAAUCAGACUUAAAUAAUAUGGAAGAUGAUGACCCUCAGACCUCUUACAUGGUUUCAGCAUGGGCUAGAAUGUGUAAAAUUCUUGGAAGUGAUUUUCAACAGUACCUUCCACUGGUUAUUGAGCCUCUUAUUAAGACUGCUUCAGCUAAACCUGAUGUUGCUCUCUUAGACACACAAGACGUGGAGAAUAUGAGUGAUGAUGAUGGAUGGCAAUUUGUAAACCUUGGAGACCAGCAAAGUUUUGGAAUUAAAACUUCAGGACUUGAAGCAAAAGCAACUGCUUGCCAGAUGUUGGUUUAUUAUGCUAAGGAGUUAAGAGAAGGAUUUGUGGACUAUACAGAACAAGUUGUAAAACUGAUGGUUCCUUUAUUGAAAUUUUAUUUCCAUGACAGUGUUCGAGUGGCAGCUGCAGAGUCCUUGCCUUUUCUCCUGGAAUGUGCAAGAAUUCGUGGGCCAGAGUAUCUUGCACAGAUGUGGCAAUUCAUAUGUGAUCCCUUAAUCAAGGCUAUUGGGACCGAACCUGAUACAGAUGUACUCUCAGAAAUAAUGAAUUCUUUUGCAAAAUCCAUUGAAGUAAUGGGAGAUGGGUGCCUUAAUGAUGAACACUUGGAAGAACUGGGAGAAAUAUUGAAAGCAAAACUUGAAGGGCACUUUAAAAACCAAGAACUAAGACAGGUUAAAAGACAGGAAGAAAACUAUGAUCAACAGGUUGAAAUGUCUCUGCAAGAUGAGGAUGAAUGUGAUGUUUAUAUUCUGACCAAAGUAUCAGAUAUUUUGCACUCAUUAUUUAGUACUUACAAGGAAAAGAUUUUACCGUGGUUUGAACAGCUACUUCCAUUAAUUGUGAAUCUAAUUUGUUCUAAUAGGCCAUGGCCAGACAGACAAUGGGGAUUGUGCAUAUUUGAUGAUAUCAUAGAGCACUGCAGUCCAACCUCAUUUAAAUAUGUUGAAUAUUUUCGGUGGCCAAUGCUACUAAAUAUGCGAGACAACAACCCUGAAGUCAGGCAAGCUGCUGCUUAUGGCCUGGGUGUUAUGGCACAGUUUGGUGGAGAUGAUUAUCGUUCUUUAUGUUCAGAAGCUGUUCCACUGCUAGUAAAAGUUAUUAAGUGUGCAAAUUCCAAAACCAAAAAAAAUGUCAUUGCUACAGAGAACUGUAUCUCAGCAGUAGGGAAGAUUUUGAGGUUUAAGCCUAACUGUGUAAAUGUAGAUGAAGUUCUUCCACACUGGUUGUCAUGGCUUCCAUUGCAUGAGGAUAAAGAGGAAGCUAUUCAGACUUUGAGUUUUCUCUGUGACUUAGUUGAAAGUAACCACCCCAUUGUACUUGGUCCAAAUAAUUCCAAUCUUCCAAAAAUAAUUAGUAUAAUUGCAGAAGGAAAAAUUAAUGAGACUAUUAACUAUGAAGAUCCUUGUGCCAAACGCCUAGCUAAUGUUGUACGUCAGGUACAGACUUCUGAAGAAUUAUGGUUGGAAUGCAUUUCCCAUCUUGAUGAUGAGCAGCAGGAAGCCUUACAGGCAUUGCUAAAUUUUGCUUGA